AUGGCUUGUGGGGAGAGACAUGCAAUCAUGCUAUUGGAAAAUGGAAGGGUUUUGUCAAUUGGGGAUAAUAGUUAUUGUCAGUUAGCUCUGGAUCAAUUUUACUUGUCAGAAGUUAACAAGUUUACAAAAUCAUCUUUGAGAGAUGAGAUUGUGAAGGUUUCUUCAAAGUUUAAUCAUUCCAUCUUUUUAACAAGGGAAGGAAGAUUGUAUUCCUGUUCAAAUGUUAAUCACUGUGGUCAACUGGGUAUUGGAUCUUUCAUGUCGACUAAUGUUUGCUAUCCAAUUAGUUGUUUCUUUGGUGGAAAUAGAAAUUCAAUACUUUAUCAUGUUCCAAACAAGACAUUUAGAGUGGUGGAUAUUGCAACUGGAAUGAAUCAUUCACUGUUCAUUGUUGAAAAGUAUAAUAAUGAAGGUAGAAAGGAGUUUUAUCUUUUUGGGUGUGGAGAUAGUUCAAUGGGUCAAUUGAGUAAGCUGCAAGGUUGUGUGAACUCACCUCAGGAAAUUAAGAAAUUUGAAGAGCCAAUCAAGAAGAUUGAUUGUGGAAGUAAUCAUAGUGCUGUUUUAUUAGAAAAUGGAAAGCUCUUCAUAUUUGGAUCGAACCAGAAGAAUCAAUGUUGUGCCUCUUUCAACAUUAACAAAAUUUCUGAACCAUUCUUGAUUAAUGGAACAUUUUCUGAUGUGCAGUGUGGUAAGGAUCAUACUGUAAUGGUAUCAAUGGACAAACUUGAGAUUCUCAUAACCAGUGCAAAGUGUAAAGAACCAAUCGUACGUAGAAUUUCACCAAAUGUCAAAAUAGCAUCAGUUUCCACACUCUCCAAUUCAAGAACUGUUCUACUCACCCAAAAUGAAACCUCUGUAUUUGUGAAUAUUCUCAAUCCAGAGGGAAUAAUUGAGUCAGCAUGGGAAUAUAAUCAAAACAGAGUCAUUCCCAAGCAAGGAUAUGAUUUCAAUGAGGUAAGAAAACCAAAACAUGAUCACUCAUGUGAAUGUGGUUGUUUCACUUCAAAACUACGUUUAUUUAGCGGUCAUCAGUUUAUGUACAUUAUUUUAGAAAAGUUUUGUCAUACCAUUUAUCAAAAGCUUGGCAAUAACAACUUUUCAGAUAUUCAAAUAAAUACCAAGUGUUAA